AACAUUGUCUCCUACAACACUGUGCUCAAGUUCCAGGCUCGAAAGGCUGACUGGGCUGGCGUCGCACGCUCCCUCCGUGGGCUGAAAGAGGAAGGCAUGACGCCCGAUGCAUAUACGUACACGACCAUCCUCGAGGCUGCGCGCAUCGAUAGUGUACAACAGGGAGUACAUAUGGUCCUGAGCAGCAUGCGAGAAGAUGGUGUCAAGGCAAACGAGGUUAUGGUUGGGAAGAUCAUUGAUGUGAUGGUCAAUGGUGGACGGGAGGAGAACAUCCGUGCGACGAUGGCUCUGCUCGAGGAGCUCGAGUUGUCCGAAGACCGUAUCCACCUGAAUGAGAUUAUCUACACCUCUUGCAUCGUCGGUAUCAUGCGAUCGACCCUGGACUCGGCCACCAAGCGUGAUCUUGCUGCUCAGCUGCUGCAACGGAUGCGCGCACGAAACAUUGGAGCCAAUCGUGUAACCUAUCAUGUGCUCAUUCGAGGUUGCUUCGACGGUCGGGCACCAGCAGAAGCUAUGAGCCUCUGGCGGGAGCAGCGGUCGUCCGGUUUGAGCAACAAGGACACCUACUAUCUUAUCAUGCGCGGCCUACUC